AAGCUCGCGCCGCCGCCGCCUACUGCCCUCCCUUCUCCGCGAAGAUUCCCCUCUCUCUGACCGUCGCCCUCCGUGACGUCAUCGGUCGGGGCCGCGGCUUCUUGCGACGAGGGGUGCGGACGGGGGCAGGAUGGCGGCUGGGCACCCGACACGGUCGAUGCGGCCUCGCAAAGAGCCGCAGCCUCUGGUCAUUCCGCGGAGCGCGGCGGAGGAGCAGCGCCUCAAGCUGGAGAGGCUCAUGAGGAACCCGGAUAAGACUGUUCCAAUUCCUGAGAAACUCAACGAAUGGGCGCCCCGUCCACCUCCGGAAUUUGUCAGAGAUGUGAUGGGUUCCAGUGCUGGAGCUGGCAGUGGGGAGUUCCACGUUUACCGGCAUCUUCGACGGCGAGAGUACCAGAGGCAGGAUUUUAUGGACGCCAUGGCCGAGAAGCAAAAACUGGAUGAAGAAUACCAGAAGAAGCUGGAAAAGAACAAGAUGGUGGCCGAAGAGCAGACAGCCAAGCGCAGGCGGAAACGGCAGAAGUUGAAAGAGAAGAAACUGUUGACGAAGAAGAGUAAAGUGGAACCAAAGAGCGAGAACGCAGCCGCAGAUUCAGACCACUCCUCGAUCCGGCAGACCAGCGAAGAAGAGGACGGCGAGGCUUCCGAGGAAGAGGAGAAAGAUGAUGCCCAAGAGCCCAGCUUUGUGAUGGGGAGAUGAUGCUGUGGGCACUCUUAAGGAGCCGACGGGGGGGAUCUGAGCAGCCUCUGCCGCGAUGGAGGUGCGGCCCUCAGGAUCCUGUGGGGCGUGGAUGUGGAUGCUGGAGCCAGGUCAUAGGAGAGCCUCUUCUGAACUUGCUGUGUGGCCGGCUGCAGGGUUCCCAGGAAAAGAUCCCAGCAUCUUGACCGCCCCCGUGACCCUCUUGCUUCCUCCUCCCGUUGCUCCCAAGUGACUUGUGACUCUGAAAGCGGAGGCCUUAGCCGUCUUGUGUUUCCCAGCCAAACCUUGCUCUCUCCCCUGAGAGACCAGGAUACACAAAGAGGUCUGGGUGACGGAGGUUCGAAUCCACCCCCAGCCCGGCCGAGAGGAAGACGGUCCGGGCUUCUCUGCAGCAGGAGGAUGGGAUCUGUUUGAGAAUUACUGUUAGGCUCGUCUUGAACCCUAGCGUUUCUGUGGCAAGGUGUGAUUUGCAAAGAUUGUGCGAAGUUUUUUUCCAUUUCAGAAAUUUGCUGUAAUUCUCUUAUGCUCGAUAUUUCUGUUAAUUUAAAAAAAAAAAAGUGG